CGUUUCGAAACUCGUUUUCACAGCGUUUGCUAUUUUAAAUAAAAGAAGCUGCGAUCGAGUGCGGCAGUUGCUAUCGAGGCAUGUGCAAACCCAAAGGCUCAUAGUGAGACGAUGCUCAGAGCGUGGAUUGUGGUGCUAUUUGCCAACUCGGUGCUUGCGGCAGCGGCAACGCCCGUCCCGAGCUCUCAACUGGGCAGCCCUAAUGGUCAAUAUACGUUGAGCAUUCGACAUCCGGAUGGCAAAAGCUGGCGUGAGGAGACUGUGAAACAGGUUCCACCCGGUGUCCCGGAGGUAAAAGGUAUGCUCAAUCAGAACUUUGAAGACCAAGGCGGCACUCUGGUGGUCAUCUAUGAGGCGGGGCCCAAUGGAUAUGUGGCCAAGUAUAGCUAUAAAAGCGCAGGCAAGCCGGAACAGCCCGUAUUUGCAAUUUUUCUAAGUCCAGCAGUUCUCAAGUCGUCCGCCGGCUAAUUUGGUGUAAUUUGUAUCUAAUAAAUGGAAUUACCUUAGACAUGGGUUAUCCUAGGGCUAUGUGUAUAAAAA